CAGAGUGCUGGGAUUACAGGCGUGAGCCGCUGCUCCCGGCCGAGAUUUUGGGUCUGUGUUGAAGGUCAAGUCAACAGCUUGAAAAACUAAAAGGACAGUGGAGAUGGGGAAACUGGGAGAGCAGCAGGUCAGGCAGAAUAACUGUGUUGAUUUAAGCCACCAGGAGUGUGGUUAUUUGAUGUAGCAGCAACAGGAAAUGAAUCCAGUGAGUAGGUCCCAACUGAGAGUUCCAUUUUGAUCAUAUUGACCUAGAGAUGUCUGCGACAUCCAGAUGGGGCUACUGAGUCAAGAUCUGGAGCUCAGGAGGGAGAUCAGGAUUGUAGUCAGAGACUUGGGAGCCAGUGACAUAUACGUGAAAUUUUAACAGCUUGGGCCCGAGAGAGGGGUUCACAGCAGAGGAAGGCCUGCAGUGCUGCCCAACCUUGUCCACAGCGGGGCUCUCCCUGACAGUGAAAUAACCACAGGCAAGUCCAGGGUCGGCAGCAUCGGUUGGUCUGCCAUAGGCUGGCAGCCUGGACGCUGAGGCCCUCCAGCUGAGGGAUCGUUCUCUUGGAGCCCCUGGACGCCAUCCCUGCCCCUCAGGCAACACUGGCGGGGAAGGUGAGGGAUGGCCUGAGCUGAGAGGGCAGGCAAGGACCAAGCUUUGGGAAGCCACAGGUCAGAGGAGGCUGAGAGGCUGAUGAGGGGGGAGGGGCAGCACAGAUGGGGCCAGGCAUCAACAGACACUGAGACACCCUGAAGUGCUCAGCGAGGGGUGGAGUUUGACCUCUGCAAGAGAGGCUGUGUUUGGAUCCUUGAGAGCAGAGUUAAGGUUAGACUUCAGAAGGAAAAACAAAAACCAAGAACACGAGGCCAGUUGAUUCUCUGUGAAGAAUGGACUUUGGGAUGCCUCUGCAGGAGCCCCAGCCCUCCCGGUUGCCCUUUAUUCCCCCCUCCCCCCAGAUCCCCAGGGGACUGGGUCACCCUGGACCUUGCUACUUCCUGUUCCUGACAGCCACUGCUCAUGGAGCUGUGGAGGCAGCUGAGGGAGGCUGGACUGGUGCCUCUGGGGCUGGGCCCACCCCCACAGGCCCUGCGGGGGGUCUCCCCCGUGGAGAGCCCUGGCCAGACCCUCCUGUCUUCAGGGGCAGACACUGGAGGUACCAGGGAGAGUCUGCUGCGGAUCUGGGAGGAGCUGGAGAACCUGCGCCAAGCGGAUGUCCGGCUGCUGGGCCAGCUGUGCAGCUUGGGGCUGCAGAUGAAGGCACUUCGGGAGGAUCUGGUUACCAUCCUGGAAGAGGAGGAGGAGAGCUGUGAGGAAGAGGAGGAGGAGGAUGAAGAAGAGCCCCAGAGGAAGCAGGAGGAAGAACACCUGGGGACCUCCUGCCCAGCCCCAAGCCCCCCUGACUUUGAGAUGACCAUCUGAGGCUCUGCCAGUGUGCCUUCAGAGUGAUACACAAAUGAGAUGCACAUGCAUGCAAAAGAGAGGGGAAAUUUGCGGGACAAAUCAGAUUUGCAAUCAAGCGUGCUGUUUGAGCAAGUGCUUUCUCUGAAGAUGUCUGCAGUGAGAUGUGGGCAUUGGCCUGUGAGCUGGAGGUGUGUUUGCAGAUGAUGUGGGAGGUUGCAGAGAAGCUGCAGGUGCAUUUGCAGAAGAACCUUGUGCGCACUGCCGAGGAGAUGUGGGCCUUUGCAAACAUGACGGAGAUGCUUCCAGACGAGAUGGUGGCUCGAUGCUGUCCAGUGUGGUAAGCCACUAGCUGCACGUGGCUAUUGAAACACGGGGAGUCUGAAUUGAGAUGUGCUGUGAGUGUGAAAUACACACCAGGUUUUAAAGGCUUACUGUGAUAAAAAGAAUAUAAAAACAUCUCAGGAGUUUUUGAGAUUAAUUCUUUGUUGAAAUAAUAUUUGGAGUGUAUUGGUAUAAAUAAAAUAUUACUAAAAUUAA